AUGCGUCUGUCAACUAUCCUCUCAGUAGUGUCGGUGCUCACGCUUCUCGCAAGCAGCUGCGCUCUCUCUGCGGUCGUGGAUGCUAACGUUGGCGUCUCCGGACGUCGACGUGCUGGAUAUGACGUAGUGGAAACAACCUGUCGUCUUCACGAAAGAUCUGGCGAACAAGGAGUCGAUGCUUUUUCACAGCGAGACAGCGAAACGACUCUGUUCAGGGCGUGGUGCACAAGAGGAUUCCAGCCCAAGGAGAUCUCCGCGAGGCUCCACAACACGCUUGGUGGUCGCGACGGCACGCUCUUCAAGAAGUACGAGGCUUGGCUCAAAACGCACUUUUCGGCCAAGGCGUGA